GAUGUCUCAAUUUCUUUUGUUGAUAGUGUCUUCUAAGACAAAAGUCUCUCUUAAGUCCUGACGCUCUCAUUGUUGCUUUAUGUUAAAAUAGAUGUAAUGGGUGGGGCACGGGUACCGAGGCCGGCUCGAUACCCUAGGCGGCAUUCUUCUCUCCCUCCUAUAUAAUCUUCACUUAAGUGUAAUUGUGUGAUUAAGUGAAUAUAAUUUUUCUCUCUCCUAGGGUUGCGGUGUGCACCUAGGUCAGAGCUUCCCGUGGUUUUUUCCUCUUUCUGAGGUUUUUCCACGUAUAUCGUGUGUUCCUCUCUUCUUCUUUCGUGUGUUGCAUGUUUCUACAUGGUAUCAGAGCCAUGAGAUCGUUCGGCUUCGUCUCGUAUUUUCGUAGUCGCCCUUGCACCACUGCCGCCUGCGCCGUUAGGGUUUCCCGCGCCGCCGCCAUUGGGAUCUUCUGUGCCGCCGCCGUCAGACGAUCCAGCGCCGCCGCCUGUUGCCGCUUGUGACUUCCGCUGCCGUGGGUGUCUCCUUUUCCGCCGUCGGACGAUCCAGCGCCAUCCCAUCUUUCCGCUGCCGUGGGUGUCCAGUGCCGUCACGCCUCUGCGUCGCCGCCGUCGGGCGAUCCAGCGCCGUCGCCGACACCUAAGGUUCCGUGUGGUGCUGGUGUUUCAGCCGCCGCCGUGCUGUCUUGUUGCUGCCUGGUGUUGUGUCUGACUUGACUGCUUGUGAUGGCGGAAGAGAUUGCACCUAAAAGUGAUAUGGCCUUUGACGCGGGCAGCGCUCCCAAGAGCGAGAUCUUGCCGGUUCAGGUCACGCCCAUUCGUCUGACUAAAGACAAUUAUCUCUCUUGGUCUGCUGCUCUCGAGAUUGGGAUAACGAGCCGUGGUCGUCUUUCCUAUAUCACAGGCGACAAACCGGCGCCCAGCAAAACUGAUCCUCAAUGGGCGACGUGGGUGUUGGAAGACAGUCAGGUUAAGGUGUGGAUCAUCAGCUCUGUGUCCGCUGAUAUUCAGCCUCUUAUUCUGUGGAAGCCGACUUCGUUUGAUAUGUGGACUGUGCUUGCAAGGAUGUAUGGUCGCAAGAAAAGGGUUCUGCGUACGUAUCAGAUUAAACGCAGUAUUUAUUCUCUGAAACAGGGUGACCUGUCUGUUGCCUCCUUCUAUGCAGCCCUGAAAACUAAGUGGGAGGAACUUGAUUAUCAUGUGAAUGAUAACUGGGACUGUGGUUCUGAUCAUGCUCGGUACUGGGAAAAGGAAUGGAUGGACCGGACGUUCCUCUUCCUUGGAGGCUUGCGUGAUGAGUUUGAAUCCAUUCGGAGUCAAAUUCUCAACUGUGAUGAGAUUCCUGGAAUAGAAGAUGUUUAUGCCAGAGUGGAAUCCGAGGAACAAAAGCGUCAAGUGAUGCAAAUUGACCCCAGUCACGGGACUGGUCCCUCGGCCUUUGUUAGCCGUUCUUCUGUGUCUGGACCGCACCCUGUUAGGCGAUGUACACAUUGUCACAAAUCAGGACAUUCUGUUGACUUCUGUUGGGAUCUUCACCUUGAGAAGAGACUUGUUCGUGGUCGCCCUCCGUCUAGUCGGCGAGGUCCUCUUGUGCAGGACUCAACUCAGAGUGGUUCUUCAAGUGGUGAAAAAUCGAGGCUUUCCCCUGAUCAAAUCAAGGAACUACAAGCUUACAUCAGUCGCCUUUCUACUACGUCAGAGGACACAUCUACGUCUGAUGGAGCUAAAUUAGCUCAGGCUCUUGUUGCUACAAGUGAUCAAGGACUUGGGGACGGGGCAGAAGAUUGGGAUUGGUUCGGCUAUUGAUGGUCUCUACAGAAUGCCAGUACAGGUUGCCUCUGCUUUGAUUUCAGCCACCAGUGGACAGUUAUCUGACGUGGAGGACAGAUCCGCUAUUAUGCGCUGGCACGAGAGACUUGGUCAUCUUCCUUUUCAGUUGA